AUGAAUAGCCCUUUAGGAUACGAUGCAGCUAUUGCGAGUAACCUUGCAUCCUUGACAUCCGUGUGUAAUGCGACGGUCGGUUAUGGAUUUACCACUCCAACCCCGUAUGCCCUGAAUUCCACGUCAAAAUUGGUUACCACCUCGACCACUACGACUGCAAUCCCUACUUGCACAGAAGCCUACACUGUCCAAGCUACUGAUAACUGCCACUCGGUUGCUCUUGCUCACAACGUGUCAACUUAUAACCUUCUUUUUAGUAACGAUCUGGACCUGUACUGUGAAAACUUUGCUACUGUCGUGAAUUCAACUCUUUGUGUUCCACAAAAAUGUUCGACAUAUGUUUGGAAAGGACAAGACUCUUGCGACAGUGUCACCAGAGGGUUGAAUGGGGUCACUGUAGCCCAAUUCUUGUCUUGGAAUCCAAUAUUUGAUAUGCUCUGUCGAAACAGUUUGAGCUACAUUGGAUAUGUUGUCUGUUUGAGUUCACCUGGAGGUGACCCUGUCACGUUCCCGUCUAGCGGAAGUUCAACCCAAAUGGUUCCCACCGUGACAAGCAAAGUGCCUGCACCCACAAAUGCAAUGAACGGGACCAACACCAAUUGUGGAGGCUGGUACACAGUUCAGAAAGGAGAUACGUGUGCUCGAAUUUCAGUUGCAAAUUCACUCUCCUUGUCCGACUUUUACUUUUUGACGAACUCACUACAAACUGUUCAAACCUACAGGUGGGCAAAGCUUAUUGCAUCACUCCAGUGGGCAGUUUGA